AUGCCGCAAACAAACAAGUCCAGAAACGCCCCGACUUCUGACUCCUGGGGCUCCUCUGUGCAAGGCGGAGCCUCGGCGAAGGACACGGAGCCGGUGUCACGGCGGGAGACUGCGGGGGAGGAAGGAGGAGGUGAGGGAGAGGACAACGUGGGAGACAGCGAGAUCAUCAAGUCACCCAGUGACCCCAAACAGUACAGGUAUAUCGAGUUAGACAACGGGCUGCGAGCUCUGCUCAUCUCAGACUACAGUGGACCAGCAGAAGGUGAAGAUUCAGAUGAAGACGAUGAAGGUGAAGAAGAAGAGGAGGAAGAUGAGUCUGGAGAGGAAACUGAGGAAGACGACGAAGACAGAGGCAGCGAUGAUGAUGAAGAUUAUGAUCAUGACGGAAAAAAUAAGAAAGGAAAUGCAGAGAAACAGUCUGCAGCAGCGCUGUGUGUAGGUGUGGGCAGCUUCAGUGACCCCAGCGACCUCCCUGGCCUUGCUCACUUUCUGGAGCACAUGGUGUUCCUGGGCAGUGAGAAGUACCCCUCAGAAAAUGGCUUUGAUUCUUUCCUCAAGAAGCAUGGCGGGAGCAACAACGCCACCACUGACUGUGAGAGGACCAUCUUCCAGUUUGACGUUCAGAGGAAAAGCUUCAAAGAGGCUCUUGACAGGUGGGCGCAGUUCUUCAUCUGCCCCCUGAUGAUCCGAGACGCCAUCGACAGGGAGGUGGAGGCCGUUGACAGCGAGUACCAGCUGGCUAAGCCAUCUGACUCCUCCAGGAAGGAGAUGUUGUUUGGCAGUCUGGCCAAACCUGGACACCCUAUGGGCAACUUCUGCUGGGGGAAUGCACAGACACUGAAGCAGGAGCCCAAGAAGAAGAAGAUCAAUGUCUAUAAGCGGCUGCGUGCCUUCUGGAAAAAACACUACUCUGCCCACUACAUGACGCUGGCUGUGCAGUCAAAAGAGAAGCUGGACACUCUGGAGGAGUGGGUGAGAGAGAUCUUCAGCAAGGUGCCUAACAAUGGUCUGCCCAAGCCAGAUUUCUCUGAUAUGCCGGAUCCCUUUGAAACACCAGCCUUCAACAAGCUUUAUCGAGUUGUUCCUGUUAGGAAAGUUCAUGCUUUGAAUAUCACCUGGGCUCUUCCUCCGCAGGAGAAACACUACAGAGUGAAGCCUCUCCACUACAUCUCUUGGUUGAUUGGCCAUGAAGGCACAGGAAGCAUCCUCUCAGUGCUUAGGAAGAAGUGCUGGGCCCUGACUUUGUUUGGAGGAAACAGUGAAAGCGGCUUUGACCAAAACACCACUUACUCCAUCUUCUCGAUCUCCAUCACGCUCACUGAUGAAGGUUUCCAAAACUUCUACGAGGUGACUCACCUGGUGUUUCAAUACCUGAAGAUGCUGCAGACACUCGGACCACAGCAAAGAAUAUAUGAGGAGAUUCAGAGGAUUGAGGCGAAUGAGUUUCACUAUCAGGAGCAGGUUGACCCUAUAGAGUAUGUAGAUGACAUCUGCGAAAACAUGCAACGUUUCCCUAAAGAAGACUUCCUGACAGGAGAUCAGCUGAUGUUUGAGUUCAGUCCAGAAGUGAUCAGUGCAGCCCUGUCCCUCCUCACCCCAGAGAAAGCCAACCUGAUGCUGUUGUCACCAGAACAUGAGGGCCAGUGUCCCCUCAGGGAGAAGUGGUUUGACACACAAUACAGCGUAGAGGACAUCCAGCAGGAGUGGAUGGAGCGGUGGACUGGAAGCCUGGAGCUGAACAGUGACCUCCACCUUCCUGCAGAGAACAAGUUCAUCGCCACUGACUUCACCCUGAAGCCCUCUGACUGUCCAGACACCGAGUUCCCGGUCCGGAUAGCCGACAGCGACAGGGGCUGCCUGUGGUACAAGAAGGACAACAAAUUCAAAAUCCCAAAAGCCUACAUCAGAUUCCACAUAAUCUCUCCAGUAAUCCAACAAUCUGCUACAAAUGUGGUCUUGUUUGAUCUGCUGGUCAACAUUCUGGGUCACAACCUGGCAGAGCCGGCCUAUGAGGCUGAAGUGGCCCAGCUGGGAUAUAAACUGGCGGCCGGUGAACACGGCCUGGCCAUCAAGGUUAAAGGAUUCAACCACAAGCUGCCUUUGCUGUUUCACCUGAUCAUUGACCACCUGGCUGAUUUCUCGGCCUCCCCCAAUGUCUUCAGCAUGUUCGCAGAGCAGCUCAAAAAAACCUACUUCAACAUCCUUAUUAAACCUGAGAAACUCUGCAAGGAUGUGCGUUUGUUAAUCCUGGAGCACAGUCGCUGGUCCAUGGUGGAGAAGUAUCAGGCUCUGACAGCCGGUUUGACCAUCGACAAGCUGAUGGAGUUCUGCCGGAGCUUCAGGACUGAGCUGUACACCGAGGGACUGGUGCAGGGAAACUUCAGCAGCGCAGAGUCGGUGCAGUUCCUCCAGUAUGUCACGGAUAAGUUGCAGUUCUCUAAGCUGCCAGCGGAGGUGCCAGUGAUAUUCAGAGUGGUCGAGCUGCCUCUGAAACAUCAUAUCUGUAAAGUUAAAUCACUGAAUAAGGGAGACGCCAACUCUGAAGUCACUGUUUACUACCAGUCUGGCCUUAAGGCUUUAAGGGAGCACACACUGAUGGAACUGUUGGUGAUGUACAUGGAGGAACCCUGCUUUGAUUUCCUCAGGACCAAAGAGACUCUGGGAUACCACGUCUAUCCCACCUGCAGAAACACCUCAGGCGUUCUGGGUUUUUCUGUCACCGUGGCAACACAGGCCACCAAGUUCAACACCGAGCUGGUGGAGUUAAAGAUUGAAGAGUUCUUGGCUUCGUUUGGGGAGACGCUCAAUGCACUGACUGAGGAGGCCUUUAAUACACAGGUGACCGCUUUAGUGAAGCUGAAAGAGUGUGAGGACACACACCUCGGCGAGGAGGUGCACAGGAACUGGGCUGAGGUGGUUACGCAGCAGUAUGUAUUUGACAGACUCUACAGAGAGAUCGAGGCUCUGAAGCAGAUGACCAGAGCAGAACUCGUCUCCUGGUUCCAAGAACAUCGUGGACAAAAUUGCCGCAAACUCAGUGUGCAUGUGGUGGGAUUCGGUGCUGAGGAGAAUGAUGAGGAUGGUGGCGGUAAAAAACAAGGAGAAGAAGGCGAAAAGGGGGAUAUAACUGGCUCUACUUAUGGGGAAGUGUCUAAGCUCACUUUCCUUCCCACCUCACCCAAGAUGGCGGGAGCCGUCGCCAUCAUGGACAUCCCUGCUUUCACUAAAGACCUGCCCCUCUUCCCCUACCACAAGAUCCUCGAAUAAACUUGUGCUCAGACUUUGAGACAGACACAUGGCUGAGCUGUGCCUUUUACUGAGCCACGUUCAGAGACUCAGCCUCAUUAGAGAUGCAGACACUUAAUAUGUGUUGAUGGAAGGUUAAAGCAGCUUUGGCUCCUUUCUGGACCUUGAUUCUGUCUCGGGGGCCCAGCUGUAGAUUUUACCGACACUGUGUGCAUAAGCACAUCGCCUGGGAGUGAUUAUAGAGUUUUCUUGCAGCUAAGUGUUAGUCUGUUCCACUAUCUCACACUGAAUUAUUUUAUAUCCUCAGAUCAGGAGAGUGCAAAGCGCUCUCUCAUUCCCUCUACCCCAAAUUGACUCAGAAUAUUUGACUCAAACUCUCAUUGAUUGAGUUCUCUGAGCUCUGCUGCUGUUACAACUUAAUCCCUGUCCUCACUGAUUUUUGCAUUGCCGUUUUAAUGCCAUUUAAAACACAAGUUAACUGUGAACACUGUGGAAUUGUUGUCGUUUGAACUCCAGUUAUGUGAAUUUGAGUGAUUGUGUGCUGGAUUUCAUGCUCUGGUGUGCGCUACGGUUGUCGGAUGGCUUGGAUAGUGCAGUGGUAUGAAAAUGUGAAAAGAAAUAAAUCAGUUUGUGAUGAGA